AUGAAGUACUCGCAGAGGACAUGGAAAAUAAUAAAACCCCUAAAAGAUUCAACAGAGUACAAAAUAUUUGCAACAAUACUUGCCAACCGUCUGCAGAUGUACUUAUUAAAUCAAAGGACCAAGACACCCCUGAGUCCGCAUUGCACUGUUACUUUGGUCAUUAAUGGCGAAACACUGAUCAAUUGGAAGUUCUUAAGCAUUGCAAUUAAAUCAAUGAAGGCAAUCCCAAUACAAAAAAAUCCCAAAGAGGACAAUAUUUUGAAGAAGGUGCUUUCCCAGGACUUGGGUAUCUUGCGGAAGUUGCUUCUAAGGGUUGAACAUUUGGGUGUCCAUAAGAAACAUCUACAUCAUGACUGUCCCUUCACCCCAGCCCUAUUCAGCCUUUGUCUGAAAUACAUGGAGGACGACAUUUCCAGAGUCAUCCCAAAUGUCACCACUAGAAUCAGCUACUAAAGAAGGAGUCUUAAGAUCUACAUAGGCACUCUGGGAGUACAAUCUGUUGAGGACCACCUCUACCACAUCAGAGUGGAGUCUGGGAUAGAAAUGAAAGAAGAAUGGCAGAAUUAA